AUGUCAGCAACUGCAGAUCGCCGUGAAAUUGUGAUUGUUGGCGGUGGCAUUAUUGGAUGCUGCUCUGCAUACUAUCUCACAAGACAUCCAUCCUAUGACCCUGCCCGCCACAAAAUCACGCUCAUCGAGGCCACCGGAAUCGCGGGCGGGGCAUCAGGAAAAGCGGGUGGUAUGCUGGCCCAGUGGGCAUUCCCGAGCAACAUCGUCGGUCUCAGCUACAAGCUCCACGCCGAGCUUGCAAAGGAGCAUGAUGGCGUCAGCCGAUGGGGAUACCGAGAGGUCAAUUGCGGCCAACUUGUCGUGAAAGGUCGUGCCCUCACUGAGAACAUUGCAGGGAAAACUGAGGGUGGAAAAACGGAAUCACUCCAGAAACGGAGUGCCGCAGCCCUGUCUAAGCUGAAGUCUGCCAAAAUACCCCAAGACCUGGAUUGGAUCGAGCCAGAGCUUUUACGGGCUUAUGAGAGUAUGAGCGGACCGGGCGAAACUGCCCAGGUACACCCGUACCUCUUCACUACGUCCAUUGCAAAGCUUGCCGAGGAGAAGGGCGCAAAUAUCAUGCUUGGACAGGUUACAGAUAUUGCUCGAUCAAAUGGCUCUGUGGAAUCGGUGACAUACACCAAUAAAACAUCAGGCGAAGCGCAAACCAUCGCCGCUACCGACGUUCUGGUUGCUGCUGGUCCGUGGACGAAGACUAUCCUCCCAGAGGUUCCGAUCUCCGCUAUGCGGGCGCACAGCGUGGUGAUUGAGCCAAAACAACCAGUCAGUGCAUACUGCUUGUUCACAAAUAUUGAGAUCCCAGCCAACUUCAAUCCGGAAAAGAAAUCACGUCCAACAGUGGCUGCGCCGGAGAUCUAUGCGCGUCCGGAUGCAACCGUUUAUGCAUGUGGAGAUGGAGACAGGACAGUUCCACUACCGAAGACUUCUGCAGAUGUUGAGGUUGAUCAGGAACGCUGCCAGGAAAUCAUCGACCAGGUGGGUAGUAUCUCUGAUGAGCUGCGUGACGGGGAGGUCCGAGUUCGCCAGGCAUGCUAUCUUCCAAAUUGUGAUUCGGGUGCUGGACCGCUGGUUGGUCUGACUGAUGUGAAGGGGCUGUAUCUCGCAGCUGGCCAUACCUGCUGGGGUAUUCAAAACGCCCCGGGUACGGGGAAGCUCAUGAGUGAGUUUGUAUUUGAAGGAAAGGCGAAGAGCGCGAACAUUGGAUCGUUAGAUCCACGCGACUUUAUGUGA